UUUAAAUCCAUCUUUUCAGUUUGGGCAUGCUGUGUUACCUCAUAUCUUGCAGCGACAUGCUAUUUAACUUUGAAUUAUACUCAUUCCAGGCAAGAAGUGGUGUUUUUAGAUAACGAGAUAACAUUCAAUGAAGCAAUUAUUGAGGAAAGAGAGCACGGAAUCAGAGAAAUUCAAGAACAGAUUGGUGAAGUGAAUGAAAUCUUCAAUGAUCUAGCUGUUUUAGUGAACGAUCAAGGAGUUAUGAUCGAUGACAUCAGCUCCAACAUUGAUAACUCACAUGCUGCAACCUCGCAAGCCACUGCACAACUCAGAAAAGCAUCUAAAACUCAAAGAGCAAACUCAUCCUUGACAUGCCUUCUUAUUCUCAUAUUUGGGAUUGUUAUACUCAUUGUCAUCAUCGUUGUCCUGGUCUGAGCACCAAGCUCCAAGCAUCAACCGAAGAAGAGUCGAGGAAACUAUACAAAUUACCCAUUGAAGAUAUAUACUUAUUGGUACAGAUUCUUUUCCUUCCCAUGCAAUCGAACUGAACCUUGACUUCUCAUCGUGUGAAUGUUUUAUAUAUUAAUCCAUCUUAAUGAUCUUUAUAGCAAAA